UAACGAUGACGGCUUUCCGUUGUAUCGAGCUCGAAAAGUUGUUUGAUUUUCUUCACCACUCUUGAAGUACUAUUUUUAAUUCGAUUUAUCCAACUGAGCAGACCUGCUGUGAGGUACUGUACAUACUUCCACUGAUAUUGUGUCACAUCACACGUAUCACACAGGUACCGUCAACAUAACUCUACAUUCACGAUACAGUCCCCAUCUUUUUCUACUAUUCCCUUGACGGCCUUCAAGAGACUUUUUAGUUUGAGUAAUGAAUAGCGUCCAUUGACAAUGGAAUAGGUCUCCUACACGUGAUACCAAGCAUCGCCAAGUAAUACUCCUACCUCAUUGUCGAUCAAUAUCAAGCUCUCAGACUCUCUGUUGCCCGUCCGAUAGUUAACCAAGGAAAGCUUAUAUGCAAACCGCCACAUGUUCAAAGCACAACUGGUAGGUUUUUCUUCCAUUCACCACCGACGUAAUCAAUUCCAGGUUGCAUUCACUUGUCAUUUAUUGCUAGCGACUUCGAAGCAAAGUCUUUCCCCUCCCUUAUGUUCCGAGUACCACCCCUCCUUCAAAACCAAUAUGUUGCUGUCCUGCUCUUACUUUCAGCAUUUCUUUCCUACGGACUCGUUGCCAUAAUGCAAUACUCUUCUAAUCUACAGACCACCCUUCUUCUCUCGUCUCUAUCUCUGGCUACCGCCCAGGCAGGUGGUUCGGGAGUGUCUUGCAAUCUCAAGCCUCCACACCCUGCACCAGUCACCCACGAUGGUUGGAGUGCUCAAUUGGUUACCACCGAUCUAAGUUCUCCUCGAAGCAUGAUUUGGGACCCCAAAGGUAAUAUGAUCAUGGCUGACUGGGGCACUGGCAUUACACAUACAACAUUUAAUGACGGCGGAGGUACUUGUUUGGAGGUUGCCAAGAAGACCGUUUUGAUUGCGACCGACGCCGUAAGAAGCCAUACUCGAAGAAUCGCUCCCAAUUGCAGUUCUACGCUAACCAAAACCCCAUAGCUCGGCCACGGUAUCGCUCUCUCGAAUGAUGGCAAGAUCCUCUAUGCCUCCGAUCUUGACAAGGUUUAUGCGUGGGAUUACAACGCGGAUAAUGUCACAGUGAGCAGCAAGAACCGAACCAUCAUUACCGGAAUGGGAAAUAAGGAUCAUGUAACGCGAACGCUGUUGAUGUCCCAGAAGAAACCUGGUACACUACUCGUCUCUCGAGGAAGCGAUACCAACAUAGAUGAGGCGGCUGUUGUUCUGGAUUUUGGACAUGCCCAACUCCGAGCUUGGGAUACGAAUAACCUUAAACCCGAUUCUCCUUCACAAGACUUUGCGACCACGGGACAACGCUUGGGAUGGGGUCUUCGUAAUUCAGUUGGUGUGGCAGAAGAGCCCCUCACUGGAGGAAUUUACAGUGUGGAGAACUCUGCUGAUGACUUGAAGAGAGACGGAGUCGACAUUCACCAAACCAACCCAGGUGAAGAGAUGAACUAUCAUGGAUUCCUGAACGAUACAAGCGAUCGUGGUAAUUAUGGCUAUCCGAUUUGCUUUGGACUUUAUGAUACGAACAUUCCAAAUCUUGGUAACUUGACUGUUGGAGCCCAAUUUUCACUGGUCCAGAAUGCUACAGUCAACGAUAAUUUCUGUGCCAGAGAACGCAUUCCUCCAGUCAUGGUAUUCCCCGCUCAUAAUGCGCCCCUUGAUAUCAAAUUCCAACCAAAUGGAUCUGAAGCCUAUGUUUCGUUCCACGGUUCAUGGUAUUUGCUCUAUGCAAACCUACUCUUUUGACACCCACUAACUGGAAUCGUAGGGAUCGCCAGCCCCCUGAUGGGUAUAAGAUUCGAGCCGUCCCAUUUGCGAAUGGUUUCCCUGUUGCGCCUUCCACCAGCUUAACAGGUUCGACAACCAUUAUCGAAAAUGUGGAUAAUACAAAAUGUCCCGAUGACUGUUUUCGACCUGUCGGACUGUUAUUGGACAACAAAGGAAGAUUGUGGUUUACCUCUGAUAAACCACAUCCUGAAUUGUGGGUCAUGGAGAAGAAUGGCAAAUCGUCAUCUUCGUCGACACAAAAGAGUGGAGCAAAUAAACGAUUUGAAAAUGUGGCACAGCUGUGAGUACUCGUUGCUUGCUGCGGUAUUGCUUUAUUGGGUUUUCGCCUCUGCACUUUUACAUGGCGAGAUUUUGACUAAUGCUUUCAUGAAGUGGCACAGCAGGAUUUGUGCUCACCUGGUUCAUUUUAGGGUGGUCAGGAUAAAAACAAAUGUUAGGGAAUGAAUGCAUUUUUAGGUACAUUUCAGGAGUUCGAGGAGUAACUGACCGCUUGGGAUUACUUGGUAAGUAUAGGUAACCAUGCGCACAUUGAUUUUUUCUGCAUCGUUAUCUCAGCAUAUACCAGAUGGUUUUGGGGGUUUAUCAUUUUUUCCCGUUUUGUAAUUAUAUAUCCU